AUGGAUCCAAUGGGUGGCCCCCAUGCCCACUCUCAGCACGAACCCAUCAGCUUUGGAAUAGACCAGAUCUUGAACAAUCCGGAUCAAGGAAGCUGCAUGAUCCCGAAUUCGCGGCUGCAGGACGUUGACUACGGUCUGGGGUGCAUGGUGAGCGGGAGUUACAGCAACGUGCCGGUCAAUUACGCCAACAACGGCGGCGGCGGCGGCUACAACAGCGCCUGCAGUCUGGCCUCGCUGGCCAGUCCGUACGGCGUCAACCUGGGCAUGAACAGCAACGGCCUGAACCCAGCCGGUGUCAUCAGGGUUCCUGCCCACCGGCCCAUGGCCACCGGCGUUCCCCAGCCCAUGUCGGCGGCAAGUGCGCCCGGCCCCGCCGCCAACAACGGCCUGGGCAACAUGACGUUCCCGUGGAUGGAGAGUAACCGGAGGUACACAAAGGACAGAUUCACAGUGGCUCUUUCGCCGUUCACCGUGACCCGGAGGAUAGGUCACCCGUACCAAAACCGGACUCCGCCGAAGAAGAAGAAGCCGCGGACGUCGUUCACCCGGCUCCAGAUCUGCGAGCUGGAGAAGCGCUUUCACCGCCAGAAGUACCUGGCGUCGGCCGAGAGGGCAGCUCUGGCCAAGGCGCUGAAGAUGACGGACGCUCAGGUCAAAACCUGGUUUCAGAACCGGAGGACCAAGUGGAGGCGGCAGACGGCGGAGGAGAGAGAGGCGGAGCGACAACAAGCGAACCGCAUCCUGAUGCAGCUUCAGCAAGAAGCCUUCCAGAAGUCGCUGAGCCAACCCAUCCAGCCCGACCCCAUCUGCCUGCACAACGCCUCGCUGUUCGCGCUGCAGAACCUGCAGCCCUGGUCCGACGACAGCGGCAAGAUCGCCUCCGUCACCUCGGUGGCCGCAUCCUGUGAAUAG